CCCUGAGCUUCACCACAUGCUACAUCCGCCUAGUACGCUAAAUAGUACUCUGCUCCCUUUCCCAAGACGAGCCCUUAGAACUCCCUUCUACAGUAGGUGCGCUUAAAACUUCUCUUGAUUGGGGAAAUCAGAAAUGUUGGGGUUUGCAGCAAGCAAGGCUCUUGGAGCAAGAGCAUUUCUCAUCUUCGAGGAGAAGAGUAUCUCAUCUUCGAGUAGAAGAGUAUAAGAUGGAAUUUCAUCAGCGGCUUAACCGCAAAAUACCGACCUAAAAAUGCAGGUUCUUGUUCGUCAUUGAUGGUUUUAGUCAUCAGAAAACCAGGUUCUUUGUUGAAGUUUCUUCUCAUGCUUUCUUUAUUUGGGAAUGCUUCGUUAGCAUGUUUUUAGAAGUUCAUUAUGUGAUUAUCCAUGGAUUACGUUCGAUGCCCAUAGUUGUCUGCCAAAAAGCAGAAAUCCCUUUUACAUUUAGGCUUGUUGAUUUCACAGUAUCUCGAGACCUGCUAUUUAUGUACUGAAAGAUUGAAAUAAAGAAAAGUACUGAUGGCUGAUCCUCCAGAAAAGAAGAUGCUUAAAAGAAUCCCAGAUGGUGAUAAUAUGGACAGGUUGAGUGCACUUCCGAACUGUGUUCUGCUUCGCAUCCUUUCGCGUUUCAAGACAAAAGAUGCUGCAGCAACCUCAGUUCUGUCCACUAGAUGGAGAGAUCUUUUUGUUUCUCUUCCUGAUGUUGAUCUAAGUUUCCGUGUGGAUGGUGAUGCUUCUGACCGUGAUAGGAUGUUCUCUGAUUUUACAGAUUUUGCCAAUAGAGUGGUUCGACAGCGGAAUAAGGCUUCAAUUGGAACGAUUGUAGUCGAUGUGAUGCAUUUUGUUAAAAGUUACCGCCUGGCUUUUGAGUCAUUGUUGAUAUCUGCCGCUGCUGCACUUUCUUCUUGCAAUGUCCAACAACUCCUUAUUUCGGUUCGAAUGGAUAAAACAACUGAGCGAUUCUCUAUACCUAUUCCACCUGGAAUUUUUUCAUCUAAAACUCUGGUUUCUUUAACAGUGGACAUUGAGGUGGAUUGGAAUGCCCCUGAUUUUGUUUGGUUGCCAAACCUCAAGUAUCUUUACUUAUUUGAAUUCAGAUUGGUAGAUGAAGAUUCUAUUCAGAGGCUACUUCAAGGUUGCCCUUUGCUUGAACAACUGAUGUUAUUUGUGCAACCUUUCAGCUAUGAGAGUGAGAGUGAAGAAGGCAUUGAAGUUGAAGUUCUUCAUAUCUCGAGUCCCUCAUUGAAGAGCCUGGUGCUCUCUUGGAAUGCAAAAGUUGAAUUAGAGUUCACUGUUGUUGUGCAGUCAGAAAAUCUUGAGUCUUUGUUAUGCUCCCUCCAGGGGCAGCACAAAGUUACCAUAGAUGCCCCAAAUCUGAAGUCCCUGACUGUUGAGGGUCAUGUACUUGAAGUACACAUAAAUCAAAGUCUAGUAUCUAUUGACAAGGCAGUAGUACAUGCCGAAUUUCUGCAUAAUGUGACAAAUGGCAGCGACUUAUUUUCACGUGUUCAGCAUGCUUUUAAGUUUAUUAGUGGGUUGCAAAAUGUGAAAUCACUGAAUUUGUCAGAGAACAUUCUGAAGGCUCUGUAUUGUUCUCAACGGGUCUUGCCAAAAUUCAAAGACUUGAACAAAUUGAAGCUCAGUCAUUUUCGUUGCCAUGCAUUUCCUCGCAAUCCUUAUUCUAAAGUGUUGUCAAGCUUAUUUGAAAGUUCCCCCAACCUUGAAGUGCUUAUCAUUGAUGAAGUCCUCAAGGACAGUGAAGACGAGGAACUUGAUUCUGUUUUUCAAGAGGUUCUCUCAUUAGCUUUUGUUGGACAACUUAAGGAAAUAGAAAUCAGAAGUUUUGAGGGGGAGGAACAUGAAUUCAAGCUGAUAGAGUACUUUUUGAAGAAUGGAAAAUCUUUAAAGAAGAUGGGUCUCAUUAGAGACAGUUGGAAGACUGAAUCAGAUGGUUGUCACAGGAUAUUGUCAUCCAAGAAGUGUGCGGAGGAUUGCCAGAUUCUGUUCAUAACGAAAUGGGAUUUGCUGCAGAGCUUAUUUCUUCAAAGGCACUGAAACUCUUCCUGUAAUGAUACACUGUCGUUUAUAUAUUCUUCUUGUUCUUUUCUUUUUUCCCCCUUAUGACCAGUGUUUUUUGAUUUUUGUUGGUCAAGACCAGACUAAAACUUCAAUAAUUUCAUGCGCAUGUAAAAAUAGUUUAGAACUUGUUUAUUAAGUUCAUCUUGUGGCAUUCUUGAUGCUGCUGGUGCCAUGAUGAUCACAUCAUUUAGUUUCAGAGCUAGAAAUUUAUGGCUUCAUAACUAACAUCUUGUAGCAAAAUAUUUAUUGCUUAAUAGAACUA